AUGGUAGACUUCAACUUCGUUGUAAUUUACGUCGACCCAAUACAACCACAAGAUUAUGUUGACCGAGUUAGCGCUGAUUUCUCGUGUCCACUGGGAGAGUUUCCGUGCGGGAAUCUGUCGAUGUGCAUCCUGCAGAAGUUCCAGUGCGACGGCCUCGAGGAUUGUCCGAACGGUGCAGACGAAGCUUACCAGCUAUGUCAGCUGGACGUCUACCCGAAGCAAUGCACCUGUAAGCAUCUCAGCUAUAUCUCGUGCAUCGACCAAGGAUUAACGAACAUACCCGAACCGAUACCCGCCAACGCCACCCGUCUAGUUCUAAAGGGAAAUGCCAUCUCUGAGAUCAACAACGCAGCCUUCGAGGAGCUGACCAACUUGGAGCUACUGUUCCUGCAGGACAAUGACUUAGAAGAUCUUCAGCCAGGAACCUUUGACGGACGCUGGCACACAACGAGAUACGAGUCGUCGAAGGAAACGCUUUCCGCUAUCUGCAUAAUCUCGUCGAACUCAUCGGACUUCCUCAUGGGUCUGUAUCUAUUCAUUAUCGCCGCACACGACGUCAAGUUCCGCGACGAGUACAUGCGACGCUACGCUCGUCUGUGGAUGGACAGCGUCGGAUGCAAGAUCACGGGCGUGCUGGGCCUGCUGUCGUGCGAGGUGUCCAUCCUCGUGCUCACCUUCAUGUCCGUCGACCGCUUCGUCUGCAUCGUCUGUCCGUUCGGCCCGCACAUCGUCUCCAUGAAGCACGCCGUUGCCAGCAUGGUCGUCAUCUGGUGCGUCGGCCUGCUGCUCGCGCUCCUCCCGCUUGCCUCCGUGCAACUCUACGGAAACUUCUACGGCAGCAACGGCAUCUGCCUGCCGCUGCACAUCCACGAUCCGUACAUGGUCGGCUGGCAGUACUCGGCGUUCGUCUUUCUCGGCGUCAACUUCGUCGCCUUCGCCGUCAUCUGCGUCGCCUACGUCGGCAUGUUCGUGAGCAUCGUGCGCACGCGCAAGGCGACGACCGUCAAUCUCGACAUGGACAUGUCGUUUGCGAAGCGCUUCUUCUUUAUCGUGCUCACGGACGCCCUCUGCUGGAUACCGAUAAUCAUCACCAAGCUGCUGGCGUUCAGCAUCGACAUCCCGAUGGAGCUGUAUGCUGGAUAGCGGUCUUCAUUCUGCCUAUCAACUCGGCCAUCAAUCCGCUGCUAUACACGC